CUAAACUAGGCUCCCUGUUCAUGAGUUUGGGGAUGGGAAAGACAGGAAUCCUGUUUCUCAUAGUAUGUGCCUGCUGCAGUUCAGAGCGGCAGUACUUCGCCCAGCGCAAUGCGUCCACCUGGGAGGAGGCUCGGCAGCACUGCCAGCUCUGCUACAAAGAGCUUGUCAGCCUCACUUCCGACAAUAUCCAGAUCCUGGCCCAGAAUCUGAACUCAGACUACUGGAUCGGCCUGCGCAAAGAUCUCAACAAUUCCAUGUUUUGGUCUCAGUGGUCUAACGGUGACCCGAUGACCUUCCAGAACUGGUACCCCGGCCAGCCCAAACUCCCAAAACCACAGCCAAAACCUAUGCACACUGUCAACCUUGGAGAUUUCUGCAGCAAUUUCAAUAUCACAGAGCACAGUUAUUUGCAGGAUGAUGUAUGUGUAAUCGAGGUUGAAGAAUUCUGUAUGAACACCACCAGUGUCAAAACAGAGUACAUCCCUUCUGAGAGUAUGCUCCUAAGUCGCACAAAUUUUACUGAGGAAGAAGAAAUGGAGGUCCCUGAGAACCCUUGUGUGUCCCUGCUGAGUUCUGGCUUGUGGUUUGAGAAGAAAUGCACUGACGUCUUACCAUAUAUCUGUUAUGAAGACCGUUUCUAUGGCAAAGUGGCAAUUUCCAAUGUGACCCUGAGUAGCAUGACAGUGAGCUGGAUGGCUGGGCCUGGAAACAUUGCCUUAUAUAGGGUAGAGGUGAGAGGAGACAUUCACUUGACGGAGAACACAACUGACCUCAUCAUGAAUUUCUAUAAUCUCACAUCAGGCACAAAGUACAGAGUCCAGGUAUUCCCUGUGAAGUGUGAGAGAGACCUCAACCCACAGAAUGUGACAUUCUAUACCAAGCCUGGAAGUGUCAGACAUCUUGGUGUCAUUAAUGUUACAAUGGACUCUGCCUUCCUCUCAUGGGUCCAGCCAAUUGGAAAUCAUUCAUUCUACAAAGUGAAGGUGAAUGGUCACUCUAGCCUCGCCACACUCAAUGUAACAAAUGAAUAUAUCCAGAUUGAGAAUCUCAGGCCGGGACAGAACUAUACUUUUAUUGUCAACGCUGAAGUGGAGGACCUGUCACGUACAGGAGACACAGACUCAACCUCAGCCUACACCUUACCAGAUAAGGUAAGGGAAUUGACUGCCAAUGAGGUCACUAUGGAUACCAUCAUGUUAACAUGGAUGCCGCCAGAGGGAAGCAGCUGUUGCUACAGAGUACAUGUCCAACAGGGGAAGACAAGGAAAAUUCUUUUGAAUCAAACCUUGGUUGGCACCAAUCUUACAGUGAAAAAUCUCACUGCGGGCACAGAGUUUCAGCUGAGCGUGGCAGCACGAGCAGGGGCGAUGCCAAAUGACUCAGUGGAGGGAGAGGCUUUUACAAUCAUGUAUUAUUCCAAACCAUCCCCUGUGAAAAAUCUGAUUUUGAACAGUUCCAAUGACUGUAUCAUGGCUAGGUGGGAUCCCCCAGAUGGAAACUUUGACUUCUAUCGACUCAAGCUCGAACAAGGAAAUUUCAUUGAGGCCACCACCAAUGAAACAUUUCACACAUUUCAAAACCUGAAUUCAGCUGUUAAUUAUACUGUAACCAUCUACACAGAGUUGAUGCAGAAAUCCCGGCAGAGUGAUGGUGUAUCCAAAUGGAUAUUUACCUUGCCAAUCAAGCCAGAAAACCUUCAGGUUGUCAAUAGCACCAUGCAGAGCAUCAGCCUGGAGUGGGAUGUCCCAGAGAAGCUGCAAGGCAGUCCAGUAACCUACAGAGUGGAGUUCACCGCUGCCUUCUGGAAUCACAUUGGAAGGAUGGAAGUACAGAAAAACAAUGUGAUGCUCACAGGGUUGAAAUCAGGAACCAGUUAUAAAUUUGAUGUAAAAACCUUGGCAGGCAACCUUUCCAGUGAAUCUAUCUCUACUUUUGCUCUCACAGAGCCCGAGAAAACAACUUUAGUCCUGAUGAUUCAAUGCUCCUCUGAAACACCACUGUUCUGUGAGGAGCCUAAUACCGCUGACAAAAUCUUUGAAGAGCUGAAUAAAAUUGUGAAGGGGAAACUGGAGGACCAAGUAUACUGGAGACUAGAAUGGAAAAAAAAGUGAAGACCCACUCCUUCACGCACAUACUACCACAAGAAGGCACACGCUCGCCCUCUACUGGACACCAAUGAGUUUUAACCUGCUGAGACUCCGCGAUCCUCCUUUUUUUCACAGAUUAAAAUAAUGUGACCAUAAACAUACAGCAAAGUGGGAUCAUAAUCUGGGGCAUAAUGGAGCCGCUCUGGAAAGCAGUUGUGAUUUGAUCUUUUUUAUCUAUGCAUUUUCAGCUUGCUGUUUCUUGUAUUUUUUUCUUGUAAUAUGAUUUACAAAAAUAAAUAUUAAUGGUACAUGUAAGGUUUUAGCAUGCUUACCUUUUUAAAUGCAAUGAAAAUGGAUUCUGGAAAACAAUAAACACUUCAAAAUCUUAAA